AUGUCGACAGGUCUACCACGAUGUGGUCCUUGCGAGCGAGCAAGUGCCGUCUGCGAAUACUUCGACUCGAAUAGAGGCCAGAAUGUGAACAGGAGUUAUGUCGUGCACCUCCAGCACAAAGUUCGGCAACUGGAAAAAGAGCUGGACCAGGUGGAGAACGAAGACGCAGGAGACGAUCCGGAAACCAUGAUGCAAGCAGCCACCAUACGGAUGCACGAUGCUCAAGACACAAAAUAUCUGGGACCGUCGAGCGGCAUUGCUAUUACACGGCUGGUCAUGCAACUGGCGAAACAAUUCACGGACGCCAAGAGUAUCAAGGACAUUGUACCGGAGCAGAGAGCGCGGCAGAUCAAGGACCUAUACCACCAGGAGCAAGCGAAGCCGACCUCAAAAGUGUAUCCUUUGAUCAGCAAUGUUGCUGCGGAUGAUCUGCCGCAGCGACCACUUACAGAUCUCGUCGUACAGUUAUACAAGCUGAGGGUGCAGCCACUGUACCCAGCUCUGCAUGAACCAACACUGGAUGCGGACGUGGAGGCAGUCUACACAAAGCGCGACAACGCCACACCUAUCCAGAACUUUGUAUGCCGUCUGGUAGUUGCUAUCAGCCUUCAGAAGAUGGACACGCAGUACGCUGGCCUGGCCGACAGCUACUAUCUCGCCGCGCUGAAAUGGUUAGAGCCAGUAGUCAAACCAAUGGACCUGAGGACGUUGCAGGCUUUUGCUCUCAUGGCAGAAUACUCUCUUCUCACCCCGACCAGAACCGCGAUAUACUAUGUACUGGGAAUAGCAGUCCGGCUACUCCAGUCUCUUGGAUUUCAUGAAGAGAAGACAAUCGUGCGACCGGGCGCAGACGGCAAACUUGACGUUCUUGAGAUUGACAUGAGAAGAAGGGUGUUCUGGUGCAUUAUGGUCAUGGAUUAUGGCUUGGCGCAUUCGCUCGGCCGACCUGCGAUGCUUGCGACAAGCCAUGAGCAUGUCGAUGUGAAAUGGUUCGAGACGUGCGACGACCAGUACAUAACACCAGAUGGUAUCGAUGUCACCGCUCCACGACCGACACUGAAGAAAUGGAUUGCGAUCCACUUCUUCAAGAUGCGACUAUUGCAACUUGAGAUCAGACGAAAGUUGUACCAAGUAAAGCGUCCGAAGCCGGUAGACGAUCGCGACCCAUGGUUUCACCAAAUGGAUGCAAAGCUGUGCGCGUGGCGAGACGCAUCACCGAAUAAUAACGACGAGGGCAUUGGUCUCGACAAAGUCUGGUUCGUUGCGCGCUACAACACCAUGGUGGUCUUUCUCUACCGACCGUCACCACAAGUACCACGGCCGACACUUGAUGCUGCUUUGAAGUGUUUCCUCGCGUGCCGCUACAACAUCCACGUGAUGCGAGAGCAGAUGAAGAACAACAAUGUGGACUUGACUUGGGUCUUUGCGCAGACACUGUUCAUGGCUAUCAAUACCAUGCUCUGGUCGUUAAGCUACGACGAGGUACGCAAACAGCACAACAAAGCGACGGUGGAGCAGCAUCUUGAGGUCGCCAUGCUUUGCAUACAAUUGGCCUCGGAUCGAUGGCCAGGUGUUGCGAGUGCUGUGCAGCUCUACAUUAAUCUGAUCGCGGCUGUGCUAAGGGUCUACGAGAAGGAUGGCGACAUACCCAUCUCCGCAGCUACACCGUCAGAAGUAGCAUCACCUGGCCACAUGUUCCCGGAUUCAUUCAACGGCUCUCAGACGACUAGUCCCGCAACUGUUAGUAGUACCUCAGUGACGACGCCGCCAGUGGCCGACACAGCACCAUUUGGCUACUUCCAGCAGCAAGCCAGGCGCAGUGUAGAGCAGCCCCCACCAAUGCCAUACUCGAGCCAUAUGGACAACAUGCAAGCCGGCCUCGACCAAGUAAUCCCACCAGCACAGAACCAAGGGAUGCCUCAAUACAAUGCCCGCUCCCUCUCUGGCCAAACCAUUCAUCACCAACAUAUGCCUGCCCAGAGCAUGCCAUUCGACCCCAAUAGCAUCGCGAAUCCUCUCCCUCAAUGGCUACCAGAACUCGGCGUACCGAACUGGUCCGGCCCACAGCAACAACCACUACACUACUCGACCGCAAACAACGGCGCACACCAACAGCAACAAAAUAUGUAUCCAGCCUACGGCAACCCAGCUUUCGACCCUCACAGCCAACAAUAUCCUUUCUCACGCACGCAUGAUAUGUCAAACGGUAACGGCAACGGCAACGAUCAAUGGAUGCCGCAAUAUAAUUGGGUCAUGGACGAUAGCUCGUUCGGCACGGGUCUGACGUAUGAUCAGCAGCAGGAACUGCUCCAUCAGAUGGAGACGAGUGGGAUGGGGGAGAUCCAGGGCAUGAUUUCGCAGACGCUUUCGUCGAUGGCGCCGAAACCUCGGUAG